UCUGAGGGGGAUUUUAGGUUCAAAAUUCUCUCAUUCUACUUCCAAAAAUCCCCAUUUUGGGACCAAAAAUUCUCAUUUUUUGGCCAAAAAUACCAACUUUGGGUCUAAAAAUGUCCGUUUUAGGCCCAAAAAUACGCAUUUUGGGGCUAAAAAAUCCCAUUUUUUGACCCAAAAUACCCCUUUGAGGUCCAAAACUACCUAUUUUAGGUUCAAAAAUGCCUGUUUUGAGACUAUAAAUACUCAUUUUUUUGACCAAAAUUACCAAUUUGGGGCAGAAAAUUCCCAUGUGUUGACCCAAAGUACUGAUUUUGUGUCUAAAAGUGUCCGUUUUGGGGCUAAAAACAUCCAUCUUGGGCCAAAAAUACCCAUUUUUGGUCCAAAACUACCGAUUUAGGGCUGAAAAUUCACAUUUUGGGGCCAAAAAGUCUCAUUUUUGGCUAAAGAAGAGCAUUUUAGUUCUCAAAAAUAACCAGUUUGGGUGUAAAAAUGACCAUUUGGGGGACUAAAAAUUCCUAUUUUUUUUUUAACCAAGUUUGUGCGUUUUUGAAAAUUCCCGGUUUUGGACCUGAAAAUACCCAUUUGGGCCCAAAAAUUCCCAUUUUUGACCAACCCCCCCUGCAAUUUUAGGACCAAAAAUACACAUUUUUUAACCAAAACUAUCCGUUUUAGGACCAAAACCACCCCCCAUUUUAGAACCAAAAAUACCCAUUUUUUUGAUUAAAAAUGUCCAUUUUAGGACCGAAACCACCCUUUUUAGGCCCAAAAAUCCCCAUUUCUGGGGAAUUCCCAUUUUUUGAACACCCCUCCCCCUAAUUUUAGGACCAAAAAUACCCAUUUUUUUGACCAAACCUGUCCAUUUUAGGACCGAAACCACCCCCCAUUUUAGGCCCAAAAAUACCCAUUUUUUUAAUCAAAAGUGUCUGUUUUAGGACCAAAACCACCCCCCAUUUUAGAACCAAAAAUACCUGUUUUUUUGACCAAAAGUGUCCAUUUUAGGAUCGAAACCACCCAUUUUAGGUCCAAAAAUCCCCAUUUGUGGGGAAUUCCCAUUUUUUGACCAACCCUCCCCUCAGUUUUAGAACCAAAAAUACCCAUUUUUUUUAUCAAAACUAUCAAUUUUAGGACCAAACCCACCCAUUUUUGGACCAAAAACACCUCCCAUUUUAGGACCGAAAAUACCCAUUUUUUUGACCAAAAGUGUCCAUUUUAGGACCAAACCAUUUUAGGGCUAAAAAUACCCAUUUUUUGGUCCAUUUUAGGACCAAAACCACCUGUUUUAGGCCCAAAAACCCCCAUUUAUGGGGAAUCCCCCUUUUUUUGUUGGAAUUCCCGCCUCCCUCUGACCCUUUUUCCCUCUUUUUCCCCCUUUUUCCCCCCUGCAGGCCCGGCCAUGCCCCCCCCUCGCUGCUCCCGCUGCCCCAACCCCUCGUCCCUGCUGCGCUCCCGCUCCCUCCUCCCCUUCUGCCGCCGCUGCUUCGUCGCCGCCUUCGAGGCCGAGACCCUCCGUGCCCUGCUCGGGGACCCCUCGGGGACCCCCAAACCAGGGCAGGGGGUGGCCGUGGCGGCCUCGGGGGGCAAAGAUUCCACCGUGCUGGCCUACGUUCUGUCCCGGUUGGAUCGGUGCCACAGUUUGGGGCUGAGGUUGGCGCUGCUGGCCGUGGACGAGGGCAUCGCCGGCUACCGAGAGCCCUCCCUGGUGGCCCUCAGGGAGGUGGCCCUGGCCCUGCCCCUGCCCCUGCUCGUGGUGGAGCACCGGGAGCUCUUCGGGCUCACCGUGGACCAGGCGGGGCCGGCGCUGGGCGGGAGGAGCCGCUGCACCCUCUGCGGGGUCCUCAGGAGGAGGGCAAUGGAGAGGGGGGCCGGGGAGAUGGGGGCUGACUGGAUAGUGACUGGUCACAAUGCUGACGACGUGGCCGAGACGGUUCUGAUGAACUUCCUGCGUGGGGACGUGGCCCGGCUGCGGCGCGCAGCCAACGAGGCCACUGGGGCCACCAACGAGACCACCGCGGCCACAAGUGAGUUCUCCAGGGCCACCAACGAGGCCACUGGGGCCAAUGAGGCCACCACGACCACCAGCGAGGCCACUGGGGCCACCAACAAGGCCAAUGAGGCCAAUGAGGCCACUGGGGCCACCAAGAAGGAACCCAACAGAAACCCAACAAAACCCAACGACAACUCAUCGGAACCCAACGGAAACCCAACGGAACCCAAUGACAAGUCAUCGGAACCCAACAGAAACCCCACAAAAUUCGACAGAAACUCAAUGCAACCCAACAACAAUUCAUCAGAACUCAAGGGAAACCUAAGAAACAGCAAUGGAAACCCAACGAAAUUCAACAGGAACCCAAGGAAACGCACUCAGACCCCCCCCCGACCCAACGCCGCCCCCCCGGUGGUGCCGCGGCUGAAGCCGCUGCGUCAUGCAGCGCAGAGGGAGAUCGUGCUCUACGCCCACUUCCUGGGGCUCUCCUACGCCAGUUCCGAGUGCCACCACGCGCCCUUGGCCUUCCGGGGCCACCCCCGCGCCCUCCUCAAGGACCUGGAGGCCACCCGGCCGGCGACCGUGGCCGCGUUGGCCCACUCAGGGCGCCGGCUGGCCCUGGGGGCGGCGCCAGGCGCGGGGGAGCCACCAGGGGCUUGCGGGCGCUGCGGGUCAGUGGCCAGCGGUGACCUGUGCAUGGCCUGCGCCCUCCUGGCCGCCCUGGACAAGGGGAGGCCGCAGUUGGCGUUGGGAAAGCGUGGGGUCAGGGUGGCUACCGGGGCGGACGAGCAAUGGGAGGGUGAGGGGGGAGAGCGGGGUGGCCACUGGGAUGGGCCCCGUGGUGGCCACAGGGUUGGGGGGCCCGGAGAUGGGAGUGGUGGCCAUCGAGAGGGGGAUGAUGGCCACUGGGAUGGGAGUGGUGGCCACAGGGUUGAGGGGGCUAGAAAUGGUGGUGGUGGCCACCAGGAGGGGGGUAGUGGCCACCAGGAGGGGGGUGGUGGCCAGGGGGCUACUGGCUGGCUGAUGGCCCCGGGGCUGGUAGUCAAACUGGUGGCCAUGGGGGCUGUUCUGGUGGUCACGGGGGUGGUACUGGUGGCCACGGGGGCUGUGGCUGCAGGGAUGGUGGCCCUGGGGCUGAUGGUCAAGCUGGUGACCAUGGGGGCAAUUCUGGUGGUCACGGGGACAGUUUUGGUGGCCACAGGGGCUGUGGCCACGGGGCCGCUUUUGGUGGCCAUGGGGCCGGUUCUGGUGGCCCCCUGGGCCAGGAAGUGCAGGUCGAGGUGGUUUCACGGGGAGGUCGCUCUGAGCGGCGCUGCCUGA